CCCCGUUUUACCCUCUUCCCUGCGCUGUCCACAAGCAAGAUGCCAGGUGUCACAGUAAAAGACGUUAACCAGCAGGAGUUCGUCCGUGCCCUGGCGGCCUUCCUGAAAAAAUCAGGAAAACUGAAGGUGCCCGACUGGGUGGACCUCGUUAAACUGGCCAAGCACAAGGAACUGGGCCCCAGUGAUGACAACUGGUACUACGUCAGAGCUGCAUCGACAGUCCGUCACUUGUACCUUCGCGGGGGUGCCGGUGUGGGCUCCAUGACCAAGAUCUAUGGUGGUCGCAAGAGGAACGGAGUGUGUCCUGCCCACUUCAGCGUAGGAUCCAAAAAUGUGGCCCGCAAGGUGCUGCAGUCCCUCGAGCUGCUCAAGAUGGUGGAGAAGGACCCCAACGGCGGUCGCAGAGUAACCUCCCAGGGAACCAGGGACCUGGACAGAAUUGCUGGCCAGGUUGCAGCCGCAAACAAGAAACCUGUUGUUGUCCCUGCAGCUGCGGUUGUUGUUCCUGCUGUUGUUUAAAUAAAUCAUUUUGGAGAAAGUAAA